GUCAAAAUUUCAGUCAACAAAUUAUUCAAAAAUAUUUUUCUUUCUUCAACAAAAAUUUUUAAAAGAAUGGCAACAACAGACAACAACAAAAUUAUUAAUCCAUCAUUAAAUGAACAACGUCUUAUUUGGAUUGAUUGUGAAAUGACUGGGUUGGAUCCAGUUAAAGACAGAUUGGUGGAAAUUGCUUGUGUUGUUACUGAAGGUGAUUUGAAGAUAGUGGCAGAAUUUGGUCCUUUCGCAAUUAAACAACCAACAAAUAUUUUGGAGGGAAUGAAUGAUUUUGUUAGGCAAAUGCAUGAAAAAAAUGGGCUUUUAAAACGUGUGGAAAAUGAAGGGAUUGAAGAAAGUGAAGUUGAGAAUAAGCUUAUGGAAUUCUUACUUGUUCAUACUCCACCAAAAACGUGUCAAUUAGCUGGAAAUAGUGUUCAUUAUGACCUUCAAUUUAUUAAGCGUUAUAUGCCCAAAUUUGUUGAACAUUUACAUUAUCGUAUAAUUGAUGUUUCUACAAUUAAAGAACUUGUUAAGCGUUGGUAUAGUGAUUCGGAAAAAUUGGUUAAUAUGCCUCCAAAGAAAUUAAAUCAUUUGGCGAUGGAUGAUAUUAAGGAGUCGAUUGAUGAAUUGAUAUAUUAUAAGAAACACUUUUUUGUUUGA